GAUGAGGAGGGAGCUCACAUCUUCUCUCUGCCUCUUCCUCCUCUUUUAACAGCAAUUAAGACACAGACUCAGUCCCGAUUCGUAGCUAAACGAAUAGCCAACAGGAGUGAGAAAAGGGAGAGUCUGAAUUAGUUUUUAGUACUUGGCAAUGUAAGAAAAAAGUAUUUUUUUUCCGUCGGGUUUUUUUUUCUUCUGUUUUUGUUCCUUUUUUUGCUCCUUCGCAGCGGGCGUUUGCUGAUGUCUUUCUCACGCAAUUGCAAGAUUAAAGGCAUAAGCGAAAUAGCAUAUCAUAUAAUUGCUCGAAAUCGCGUAUUUCUCCGCACGUGAUAGUUACUGCUAGGAGAUGGAUGCGCGUGACGGAUUUACCACGAGUUCCAUUCUAACACUUUUCCCGACACCGAUUUUGUACUAAAUAGGUAGGCUGUUGAAAAUUUGGAUUUUACACAACCCGUCCCUCUUCAAAACCGAAACCGUGAUUUGAGCAUCACGAACUGAUCUGUAAUGUUUAACGUCACGGGCUUAGUUGGCAGUGAGAAUUCAGCAGGAUAUUCAUUUCAGACUGAAUGCAAUUUAUCAGAGCAAAUCUGAGCGACUUCUGCGGUUUUCUAUAGGAUGUCGCGCCGCAAGCAAGCUAAGCCAAGAUCCCUGAAAGUAGAAGACAAUGUGACUGAGGACCCACACACUCCAGGGCAGGCUGCCAUUCUAAGUGAUCGCGAGUGUGCCCCCACCAGGCCGUGCGAGGAUGCGGAGGACGCGGGUCUGAGGAGGAGGAGGGGCUCUCCCGAGGAAGGGGACGACGGCGAGGAGGACGAGGAGGAGCACAGCUGCCGCGCCUGCCGGCAGGUGUUCGACUCGCUGAGCGAUCUCGCCCAACACAAGAUUAAUCAGUGUCAGCUGACAGAUGGUGCUGAUCUAGAAGAUGACCCUUCUUGCUCUUGGCCUGCCUCUUCGCCGUCCAGCAAAGACCAGACGUCCCCGGCCCACGGCGACGACUACGAUUUCGGCGAGGACGAAGGCGGCGCCGGCCUGCCCUACCCCUGCCAGUUCUGCGACAAGUCCUUCAGCCGCCUGAGCUUCUUGAAGCGCCACGAGCAGAGCCACGGCGACAAGCUGCCUUUCAGCUGCACCUUCUGCAGCCGCCUGUUCAAGCACAAGCGCAGCCGCGACCGCCACGUCAAGCUCCACACCGGCGACAAGAAGUACCACUGUGGCGAGUGCGACUCGGCUUUCUCUCGCAGCGACCACCUGAAGAUCCACAUGAAGACGCACGCUGCCAACAAGCCCCACAAGUGCCCCGUGUGCCGCCGGGGCUUCCUGUCCUCCAGCUCCCUCCACGGCCACAUGCAGGUGCAUGAGCGAGGGAGAGACGGGCAGGGCGCUGCGCUCUCGCGCGAGGAGGAGUGGAAGCUGAAGGAGACGCGCAAGUGCAGCCGCUGCGAGGAGGGGUUUGACGUGCCCGAGGAGCUGCAGAAGCACAUCGCCGAGUGCCACCCCGAGUGCUCGCCCCCCGAGGAAGGGAGCCUGGGGCCUGCGCUACAGUGCAUCUAUUGCCAUGAGCCGUUUAGCGACGAGGGCACUCUGCUCAGCCACAUCGACCAGGCACACGGUCGAGACCGGAAGGGCCACACGUGCGCUGUGUGCUCGGAACACUUCCCCACUGCGGAAGACCUGUAUGCGCACAUGGACGUUCACCAGCUCCCGGAGUCUAGCCACCACAGCAACAGUCCCUCUCUGUUGACGGUGGGUUAUACGUCGGUUUCGAGCACCACCCCGGACUCGAACCUUUCCGUUGACAGCUCCAGCAUGGCGGACACUGCCCCCAGUGUGCCCAAGACCCGAGGAAGAAGAAAGCGCACCGCCCAGAAUGCCACAGAUGUUUGCGGACGACCCGCCAAACAGCCCAAAAUAGCGUACAGCUGCAUCUACUGCAACAAACAAGUAUUCUCCAGUCUUGCUGUGCUUCAGAUCCACUUAAAGACCAUGCAUGUGGACAAACCAGAGCAGGCCCAUACCUGCCAGUUCUGCUUGGAAGUCCUUCCGUCUCUGUUCAACUUAAAUGAGCAUCUGAAACAGGUCCACAAUGCCGAAGAUCCUUCUGCCCUCCUUGCAAGCCUGUCUGAUGCCCUGCUGCAGUGCAACUUUUGUCCAGAGAUGCUGGGAGACCUCAAUGCCCUGCAGGAACACAUCCGCUGUUCGCAUGGCUUUCCCAGUCCAGUGGCCAAGGAGAGCAAUGCCUUCUUUUGCCCCCAGUGCUUCAUGGGAUUUCUUACCGAGGCCACUCUAGAAGAACAUGUUCGACAAACCCACUGUGAUUCCAGCAGCUUGCGCUUUGACUCCCCUCUGGCAGUCACUCCCAAAGAUCCUAUUGUGGAGGUCUAUUCCUGCUCCUACUGCACCAACUCUCCCAUCUUCAACAGUGUCCUGAAGCUUAACAAGCACAUCAAGGAGAACCACAAGAACAUACCACUGGCGCUGAACUACAUCAACAACGGAAGACGAACCCACAGAGCCCUCAGCCCUUCAUCCCCUGUAUCCGUGGAGCAGGCUGCUCUUCUCAAACAGGGUGGCACUUCUUCCCGCUCUGCAAGCGAAUUCAUCUGUAACCAGUGUGGUGCUAAGUACACCAGCCUCGACCUCUUCCAGACCCACCUGAAGACUCAUCUCGACGGUGUGCUGCCACAGCUCACCUGUCCACAGUGCAACAAAGACUUUCCCAACCAGGAGGCUCUGCUGAAGCACGUGACUAUCCACUUCACCGUCACGUCCACUUACUACAUCUGCGAGAGCUGUGACAAGCAGUUUACUUCAGUCGAUGACCUGCAGAAGCACCUCCUCGACAUGCACACCUUCGUGUUCUUUCGUUGCACCCUCUGCCAGGAGGUAUUCGACUCGAAAGUGUCGACUCAGCUCCAUCUUGCAGUCAAGCACAGCAACGAGAAGAAGGUCUACCGCUGCACGUCGUGUAACUGGGAUUUCAGACACGAGACGGAUCUUCAGCUGCACGUCAAGCACAGCCAUCUGGAGAACCAGGGCAGAGCGCACCGCUGUAUCUUUUGCGGCGAGUCCUUCGGCACGGAGGUGGAGCUGCAGUGCCACAUCACCACACAUAGCAAGAAGUACAACUGUCGCUUCUGCAGCAAGGCUUUCCAUGCCAUUAUCCUGCUUGAACGGCACCUACGUGAGAAGCAUUGCGUAUUUGAGGGCAAGGCCCAGAACUGCGGGACCAACGGUUCUACGAGCGGUGGUGGAGACCCGGUUGCCAAAGACGACACGGACCUGCAAGGUGUCCUCACCAACAGCCAUGGAGGAACCGGCACAGGCGAGUCACACAACAGUCACGACGGCAGUGAGGAGGAUGUCGAUUCCUCCGAGGUCAUGUACAGCUGUGAUAUCUGUGGGGCGUCCUACACCAUGGAGUCCCUCCUGACCAAUCACCAGCUCCGCGACCAUAACAUUCGCCCAGGAGAGAGUGCCAUGCACAAGAAGAAGGCAGAGAUGAUCAAGGGGAGCCACAAGUGCAACGUUUGCUCUAGAACCUUCUUCUCGGAGGCGGGACUCCGGGAGCAUAUGCAGACCCAUCUGGGACCUGUCAAGCACUACAUGUGUCCCAUUUGCGGAGAACGCUUCCCCUCUCUGCUCACUCUGACCGAGCACAAGGUCACUCACAGUAAGAGCCUAGACACGGGCAGCUGCCGAAUCUGCAAGCUACCCCUGCAGAGCGAGGAGGACUUCUUGGAGCAUUGUCAGAUGCAUCCGGAUCUGCGCAACUCUCUGACUGGCUUUCGCUGUGUAGUCUGCAUGCAGACUGUUACCUCCACCUUAGAGCUCAAGAUCCAUGGCACCUUCCAUAUGCAGAAGACGGGAUCCGUGUCCACAAAUCACCCGAGCGGGCGCUCCGCUGUGGUGCAUCACCUGCACCACCAGAGCCAGAAGUUCUUCAAGUGUGCUUCAUGUCUCAAGGAGUUUCGCUCCAAGCAGGACUUGGUGAAGCUCGACAUCAAUGGCCUGCCGUACGGCCUGUGUGCUUCUUGUGUAAGCGCUGCAGGCAGCAAGAGCUCCAGCCCGGCGCUCAACGGUGGAAAGCAGCAGCAACAGCAGGGGGUCCAAACACCAGUAGUGUCUGUUGCUGGGUGGAGCCAAGGGGAGAGUCUUAGCCCUGGUGGCGUGAAAGGAAAGGGCACCUCCUAUUCCACGUCGUCCUCUUCGUCCACAUCAUCCACUGCCACCAAGACGCGUUGCUCCAGCUGCAACGUGAAGUUUGAGUCUGAGGCAGAGUUACAGACGCAUCUACAGACGGUGCACAGGGACCCGGCGGGAGAAGGCUGUGGAGUUCCACUGCGGACCCCUCAAGGAUCCCCUAUGCCAAAAGUGAGCCCUUCACAGAGUGAAGAGAAAACAUACCAGUGCAUCAAGUGUCAGAUGGUCUUCCACAGUGAAUGGGACAUCCAGGUGCAUGUGGCCAACCAUAUGCUUGAGGAGGGACUGAACCACGAGUGUAAGCUGUGCAGCCAGACGUUCGACUCUCCCGCCAAGCUGCAGUGUCACCUGAUCGAACACAGCUUCGAGGGAAUGGGAGGAACCUUUAAGUGUCCAGUCUGUUUCACAGUAUUUGUCCAGGCCAGUAAGCUCCAACAGCAUAUCUUCUCAGCUCAUGGCCAGGAGGAUAAAAUCUACGACUGCACGCAGUGCCCACAGAAGUUCUUCUUUCAGACGGAGCUUCAGAAUCACACUCUGAGCCAACAUAGCAGCUAACCAGGAAGCCUGACACUACGUGGAGAAGACCUGCACCCCCAUCGUCACCAGCCUCUGGGCCUCACACAUCGACCAAUCGGCGUGCUUUUUUUGGGGGGGUGGGGGGGUCAAUUUUGCACUGAAUCCUUAAUUUCAGUUACAAAAGAAUUUUAAAAAGAGUGAACGAGCGACCUGAAGGCAAAACAGAGAACUGAUCAUUGUGAACCUUGAUGUUUAAUAUCCAACCUCCAUAUUUGUAAAUACUGUUGUUUCUGUGUCACUGUUUGUCAGAUCUUAAAAUGUCCUUUGCUGUCGCUGUUGUACAUAAUGUUUAUUAGGGGAACAGGGAGUCCUCUGGCUUGUCCAGACCGUUAGAAACGGACAAGUCUCCAGCCAGAGACGUUCGGGGCUGAGCGGACUUUUUCUUUUUUGUUUUUAAGGCUGUUGUGCGUUCAGAUGUCUGCCGUGCGUCCUCGCGCCCUGUGGGGUCGGAACGCUCCUUCACCAGCGUGGCCUGCGCGUCCACACGUCCAGCGUCGUUCUCGCGAGAACUAUACGCCUCAGUCAAACGUGCCGAGGCAACAUAGGUGGCGGAGCUUACGCAAAACCCACAGUUAAAAUGGCAGAAGUGAUGCUUGAUAUAUGCAAAAAAAACAAAACAAAAAAAAAAACACACAACACACACACACAUAAAAACAACAUUUUAAAAACGCCAGACCACAACAGUUUCAUAUUAAUGGUAGUAAAAUAGCCCAGUCCUUGGUGUUGGCCAGGAUCUGGCAGGGGGAAGCAUUCGCCACUGUUCUCUUCUCAGCUGUCCUACGGUGGCCUCCCCUCCAUAUGAGGGUCCGCUCUCCCACGGAACGACUUGUACAUUUCUGUUAUUAAUGUUUACCCCGCGCCAAAGGCUGGAUAUGACUGGAAUCUUCCUUCCUUCGCCUCAUCGUUGAGGCAGUGCACGACGGCUUGGGGCUGGGUUCGUUCUCGGUAUCCGCCGUAAUUAUAGGGCCCUCUCGUGAGGUUCCGGUCACGAAGAAACAAAAAAAGAAAUAGAAGACUCGUACCUUGUGCUACCUGCUCAAGCCCUACAUCGCCCAAGAGCCAGCCAGCCUGAGUCAUUUCUGUUGCUAUGCUGUUGCUCCUGUAGAUGCUGUGGGACAUGGUGAUAUGUACAGUAUACUCAUGGAUCUCUGGUAUGUACCAGUUUGGCAUUCAUUGAAGCUGAAAUGCACUUUUAUAGCACUCCAUACUUUCAUGGAUGUUCAUGUUUGAAUGGCGCUUGACACGUGACCACCAAAAUCAGCCACAGGACUUUGGAAUAUCAAACUUUUACCAAGGGUGACAACUUCUCGUGUUAAUGGGGGGAAAUGUUAUAUACAAAUAUUAACCGCGGUCUGAAUUUGCUGGACCUCUUUUUUUGUGUUCUCAUGUGAUGAAAACAUUAAAAUUGUAUGAUGAUAUGG